AUGCAUUCAGCCAUCUUUCCUAAUCCUUAUGCUACUGAAGUUCUUCAUUUGAAAAAGAAAGACCUGAUCGAAGGCAUUUCUAAAACAGAAUAUCUGCUGAACCUUCUGAUUGACAAAGGAGUCUUUCCACCCGAGAAGAAAGCUCUCAUGUCCUACGACAGAACAAGAGAAGAGAAGAACUCAGAAUUUCUGGAUGUCCUGCUCUCACAAGGUGAGCGAGCAUGCCGGCUGUUCUUCUACCCUUGUCUGAAACUGGUCGAGCCGGACCUGUACCAGAGCAUCAGAACAUAUGUAGGUGAGAUAAACAAGAAUGUCCGUGAUGCUAGGAGGCAACUGAUCGGAUACCUGUUGGAGAGGGACAAGGAAGAACCCCGUGUACAUAAUAGUGAUUUCACUCCUCCAAAUAAUGUAUAUUCAGCAGCUCCAUUAAAAAAAGUAAUUUCACAAAAGAUGCAACAUAACCAUAAUGGGAUAUUUGAUCUUGUCGCAACAGGAAAGCUUUCCCUAUUAGAGGAGCUUUGGAAAGGCAAAGAUGUCAAUGCUAUCAAUUCAUCCCAGGAAACCUUGUUACAUAUUGCUGCCCAGCAUGACCAGGUUGCUGUCAUGAAGUUUCUCAUCAGCAAAGGAGCUAAGCUGGACAUAAGAGACAGUCAGGGUAGGACAGCGCUGCAUAGAGCAGCAGAAAUGGGCAAUACAUCUGCCACCAAGGUCCUUCUGCAGAAUGGUGCAGACAUCUAUGCUCUAGACAAGUACUCAGAUAUGCCACUUGACUUGGCUGUACAGAAUAUACACCAAAGUACAGUUAAGCACAUUGUAGAGGAAGAAAUUAGACACCAUAAAAACCGGAGAACCUUCCUGCAUGUGGCUGCCAUUAAGAAUAAUUACAACCUAGUCAUGGUCCUUCUAAAGAGUGGGUCCCCAGUAGAUGCCAAGGAUAACCAGAGGAAGACAUCUCUCUUUCAUGCUGUUAACCUCAGGAACGAGAACACUGCAAGAGUCCUCCUUGAGGCUGGGGCCAAGGUAGACUCAGAUAUCAUGGAGGCUGCAUUAAACCUUAACGACAAAUCCAUGUUCAGCUUAAUUUUAAAUUAUGCUAAGGAGUUGCCUCCUGAUGCUAUGAAGUCUCUGCUCUUCAAAGCUGUGCAGAGAAACCUGGAAUGGAUCAUAGCAGCUCUUAUUGACGCAGGCACCGAUGUCAACAGCCGCAAUGACCUUCAAUACACACCUUUGCUUCUGGCUGCCGAGCUGGGAAAUGUGUAUGCCUUCAACAUCCUGAUGUCCAAAAAUGCAAGUGUGGAGGAUAAAUUGCCCAACGGCAACUCCUCACUGCACCUGGCUGUUCAAAGUGGCAAUAUGCACAUAACAAAGCUGCUUCUGGAGGAGGGAGUGGAUGCCAAUGCAGUCGGUUCACAGGAACAAACACCCUUGCAUCUGACUGCACUAUACAACCAGUCCGCACUGGUGGAGGAGCUCCUGCAUGUUGGGGCCCACAUAAAUGCUGUUGACCAAAAAGGACUCACACCUCUUCACGUUGCAAGCCAGCAAGGCCACCCGGACAUUGUGUCUCUGUUGAUACGCAGAGAGGCAGACAUUUCUGCUAAGGACAAGCAGGCAAGAACAGCCCUUCACUGGGCUGCAGCACAACCACAGGCUACAGUAGCAAGGUUGCUGCUCUCCACAGGUGCUGAUGCCAAUGCUGUCGAUAAAGAAAAGAAGACUCCAUUGCACUUUGCUGCCAUGGGAGGCCAUGGUGAAGUAGCCUCUGUCCUGCUGGCUAGAAAGGCAAGUUUCAGAGCCAAGGACAUGGAUGGCUGCACCCCGCUACACUACGCAGCAGCCAAAGGCCACUUAGAUGUAGCGGCAGUCCUCUUGUCUACAGGAAAGAAGAGCGUGAAUGACAAGAAUGUGUGGCGCAAGACUGCUCUGCACCUGGCUUCAGAACACGGUCAGGAUUCCCUGAUUGACUUGCUAAUGUGUAGUGGUGCCAAUGUUAAUGCACUGGAUAACAACAAAGACACUCCACUGCACUGCGCCACCCGUUUCGGUCACCUUGAAAGUGUGCAAAGGCUGUUGAGCUGGACCGGGGGCACUGGAGCUAACCUUCGAGCCAAAAACAACGUCGAUAAAACUCCGCUGCAAGUGGCCCAGUGUCAUCACACAGCGAACCAUCAGGGCAUUGCCAGUCUCCUCCAAAAAAAGAUGCUUCUGAUCAAAUAGGGCUGCCCUUAAUACAAUUAUUUCAUUACUAAUAAC